AUGGAGAACAUGAAACGCAGGAGUGAGGCGUUGGCCUUCCAGAAUGUCAUCAGGCUCAGGGAUUGGAGACCUCAAACCCAAAAGCGGCCCCAACGCGUCAUUGUUCGCCGUGGGGCUGUCAUCAACCGAAAUGAAGCUCUUGACCCGAUCAACUGCAAAACCUUGUCCAAGGUGAAAAACAUAACCCCGAACACGGGCUUGAUGGGCGAUCGCAACGACGAGCUCCCGGCUAGGCCCAUCGCGUCGCCGUGCCUGACGGCUUCCGUGCUGGCGAUGUUUGAGACAAGGGUGAAGCUUUUGGAGAACAAGCGGGGGCGAGGGAGCGUGGAAGGUCACGAAAUGCCGACACCUUUGGAGGAGUUGUUGGUGGAGGAGGAGGAAGUAGACCCGUUCAGCCUCUUGCAACUUUGCAUCUCCCUGGCUGCCGGCAUUGUCUUGCAGACAGGACAAAAGAUGGCGCCAGCGAAUGGCGCGCCCUUUCUGGAGCCUGCAGAAGCCAAGUUCCCUGAGCCACGAGAGGACAUGAUGGCGGCAGAAUAUUUGAUCCAUCGCGUGAGCCACGUGGCGAAACCCAGCUUGGCACCGGGCAGUGCACAUGCCUGCGACGAUGGCCAACAGGCCAGCAAGAACAGGCCAUGCCAGCUGGACGGCAAUGACUUGCCGUGCUGGAACAGUGGCGCCUGGCUGGGCGGCAGUCAGGUGGUGGAGUGUGAGAUGUCCUGCCUACAUCAGAAACGUGUCAUGCAGCCACAGUAUUCCUGCAGUGACUUCACAGGAGUCGAUAGCAAGACCUCCUGCUUUGGCCGGGGCGAUUCCACGGGCUCUAAGUGCAUGUUUGUCACCUACCAGGAUCAGCAUGGAGCCGCAAAGUCCUCCUGCGCUCCCUGCGAGUUGCAGGGCGUCGGCAAUGUGGAUUGCCCUGUGGCGGGUGGAAAAGGCCCCGAGCUCAACUCCACUGUGACGAUGUGCUCCAGCCAAUGUGAGGCACCACGUCCCGAUGCCCAUGUGACGCUGCCGCCAGCAGUGGGCAACCCAGGCCUCAGCCGCGUCGCCGCGGCGCCCGACGCCAUGCUCUCGGCGCCCGUGUCGCCACCGCUGGCGCCCGCCGAGUCGGAGACGGCGCUGGCCACACGCGCGCAGGUGGCAAGCGCGAUGACCACCACGACUCCUUAUGGCAAAGCUCCGAACUACUUCCCAAUGGUGGUCUACCGCAGCCCGCAGGACGUGAGCGCCGCCACGCUGCCCGCCGCCGCGCAAGCGCUGCCGUGGCCCGUGGAGCUGCCGAAGCUGGAGGAAACGAACAACUGA